ACACCAAAUCGAAUUGUCUAUUUCCUCUCUUUCUCGCUCGCGUCUCCUUCUCUUCCAAAAACCCUAACUCUCAGGAUUUGGCAUGAAAAGGUGCUAGAUCGAAGGCUGAUUCGAAGGAAACUGACAACAAGUUGAAGAGCAACAAUGUAGCGGCUGGAAAACAAACUAAGAAGGCUGCGAAGGAUCCAAACGAGCCGGAGAGGCUUGCCAGUGCUUUCUUCGUCUUCAUGAGACUAGUCAUCAACAAUUUGUUUUUGGGGACUCUGUUUUACUCUGUUUUACAUGAUGAAAACAGAGUAAAACAGAGAGGACUUAAGGAAACAGCAUACAAAGACCGGAUGAUGAACAUGGCGAGAUUAUCCACGAACGACCGGUUUGAGAAUAUCAGAGAUUGGGAUUUCAAUUCCGGCAUCAGAUUUCCUCGAAAUCGUCCAUUUACCUUUCGCGGAAGUUGAUCUUCCGGCCAGCUGCGUAAAUGUAACAUGUGUUCAGAAGAUUAGGAGGAAGAUUAGGAGGAAGAUUAGGAGGAAGAGUUUUGCUGCCGGUAGGAAUUGAAAUUGUUCUAAUUGUUUCAACUCUGUUUUAAUUGUUCUUUGUUUGAGAGUUGGUCGAUUGGAGUUCUGCUUUGUGCUGAUUUUUUAUACAAAUUAAUAAAAAUUGUUAUUAUUG